AUGGAAAUAAUAGGUGCUCCUAUAACAUUAAUUAAUAAAAGAAAACAACCUUUAGCAACAAUUCAAUUUGUAUCAGGACAAAAUAAAAUAUUUGCAUCUCUAGGUAAAGAAUCUGGAAAUGCAAUUAAAUCUUUAAUUAAAAAACAUCAGAUGACUACUAAAUUAGGUCAACCAAUAGUUCAUAUUCGUAAGAUUGAAUUAAACUUUAAUGGUGAAACCAUUAUUUUAACUUAUAAGUCAUCUGAUAAAGAGAGUGAACUUACAAAAAUAGAUGCUAUUGUUAGAGCUUGUGAUGAGUCAUUAUUAGUACAUGAUGAAUAUCGAAGACUUGUUGCAGUUGAAACAUCUCUUAUACGUGAAUAUUUGAUAGCUAAUCGUAGAGUUGAAAUUACUAAUUUUAUCAAUAAAGAAAUUAGAAUUGGAACAUUUGAUAUUGAUAAAGAUGAUGAUUUAUCUAAUAAUUUUGAAGAAUCUGAUGAUGGUGUAAUUGUUGAUGAAGCUUCUCCUGCAAUUAUUAAUCCUGGUGAUACACUUAAGCUUAAACUUGGUGGUGAUGGUUACAAUGUUGGCAGAAAACAAAGCCAUGUAAUGAUAACAUUUUGUCUUUUAAACAAAGAAAAAUAUGAAGAUCUUGCUAAAAUAGGACAAUUAUUUCAACAUCAACUUGAUCUCCAAAAUAACGGAAUUUAUGAUAAAUAUGGAAUUCAUUGGCCAUAUUUUUGUCUAUACUGUGACUGCCAAUCUGAAAUGCGAUGGGAUAUGGAUCAAAGUCAUGAAAAUUUAAGAAAUAAUGCUUGCGAAAAUAGAAAACUAGCAUUAUUUCCUGCAAUUAAUCAGGAAAAUUAUAUUCCUGAUGAAUUGCAUCUAUUUUUACGUAUUGUUGAUGUCUUGAUAGAAUGUUUUUUUAAUGAUUUAAUUAAAAAAAAAGAAUUUGAAAAAAAAAUUAAAUUGGAGAUUGAACAAGAAAUAAAAAAUAUUAAUGUACAUUUUGAGUUCUUUAAAUCUAGAUCUACUGGUGGAAAAUGGAACUGGACUUCUUUGAUGGGUCCUGAUAAGAAGAAAGUAUUAGAACAUUUUUCAGUUUCUCAAUUUAUUUCUGGUAUUCGUGGACAAGAUAUUAAAAAAUUAUGGAGAGAGUUUUUUCAGCUUUAUAAAAUUAUAUGA